AUGUGUGCUGUCAAGCCCAGGGCAAGAGUCCCUCUGAAAGAAAACUGCGUUCUGCACGAGCAGCUUGUCCGCUGUGCCCCAGGAAGGCCUUUGCGAAUCAACCCGCUGUGUUGCCACAGCAAGCAGGUACUGCUGACAGCUCUUGGAUUUCUCUACCGCUCUCGCUUGCACUGCAACUUUUCGGAGGACGGCUUCUUGUUGUGGCAGUUGCUCUGCCUCUGCACGGAGUACGAUCUGCCGAAGCCGCUCUGGAGGUAUGCCAAGGCCGCGCUGCUUGCAGCAGUCACCCAAACGAGGUACGCGCCAGUGCUUCCAGUCUUGCUCGAGGCUCGAGCACAGGUUGGUCUCGACCAGGAGGAGGCCGCAGCUAUCAGCUAUGCACUGCUGUGCCAUCACGAGGUGGGGCUGAAGGGCAUGCCCAUCGAAGAGCAAUCGCAGAUGCGGGGUGAGGCUGCGCAGGAGUUGCCCGAGCUAGGCUAUGGAAUGCAAUCUGACCAGUUCUUUGUACUUGAUCAGUGGGAGAUCCACGUGGACACUUGCGAGGAGCUCAAACUGGCAGCGGAUGUAGUGAGGGAGGUCUCAGAGACGUGGAGUGCUUUCGUGCAGACUUUCGACACUGAACAAGCGGCUGGUGAAGCCGCGUUCAGCGCAAUUUUUGAUGCUGCGCCUUCCUUGCAGUCGCUUUUUCAUGGGCCUCGCGCUGUUCAGGCACAAAAGUUCGUGCUGAGCCUUGGCAACAUCAUAAGCAAUCUCGACCAUCCAGCUGCCUUGAAAGUUGAGGUUGAAACUCUGGGGUUUGCCCAUCUCAGCGUGGACAUAACAAUUCCAAGAAUUGCGCUGUUCCGAGAUGCAAUCCUCGAUUUGUUUGAAGCGGAGCUUGGCGAUGCAUUCACCCCCACUGCAAGGGAUGGAUGGGGCCAGUUGCUCUCGUAUGUGGGGGGCUCGCAGAUAUGGAUUCGGACCCAUUUCUCUGCCCGGUUAAAGGUUCUGCAAGAGAGCUGGAAAGCAGCCAACAAUCGUGAGAAUCCUCAGGUCUCUGACGCUGAACGCCAGAAGCUGUUAAAGCAAACCAAGAAGGAUCACAAGAAGAACGAGAUUGAGAUCGAUCCUGAAGUUGCGAACACAGACAGUCCGGAUAGCUCGGAAAGCAGCUUCUCAGGGAACACUGGUCACACCGUCCUGGGAAAUGCCAACAGUACGAAAGUUAUCUCAGACAGGCGACGGUGCGGCAAUUGCCUCGGCACCUUGCUGAAUUGCUGCAAAUGCUGCAGCUUCGGGAAAGAAGCGAACCAGAAGGACAAGCAGGAUGACGGCAUGAGGAAGGAGAAAAGAGAUCCCAAGCCAAAAGACACUCAGAAGUCGGGUAAGUCCCAGCUUCAAGCGGCAGACGUCCCGAGAACUUUCACAGAAAUGUUCCAAUGGAAUUGCGCGGUGAUGGGCCUGUCUGGACGAAGGUGGAUGCAGGAAAUAUUGGGAAGCUUUACCUCAAUGGUAGAGCAUAUUGCAGACAUGAGACGCUUGCAGCAGGAGUGCAACAUCGUGUCGAUCCGUAUUGCAAAGGUGACAGCAGCCGGUGUGAACUGGGUGAACCUGUCCGAGUUUAAGUCCUGCAUGCUGGCCGCUUUGCGGUCCCUCCUCCCGACGGUUUGGGACACAACGCACGAAGUAGCUUGGAACUGGCUUUGGGACAACAUAGAGACAAUCCUGAAGUCAACCAUGGGCAAGCCUCUGGUCUGGGAGCAGUCACUUGUGGGGAUGUUUGCCGCUUUGAGCGAUGAACAGCUCUUCAACUAUCGUGUCCAGCUUUAUGAGAGAUUCUUCGCUACCGUGCCGGCGGGUCAGGACUACUUUAAGCAGUCCAAUACACGCUUGCACUUCAUUGCCGAAAGCGCCACUAACAUGUCGCUUCAGCUCCUGCAAGAUCCGUGGCGGAUGGUCGAUGAUGUCUCCGCCCUUGGGCUUCGUCACGUCGGCUAUGGCAUACCGACCGAGAUGUUCGGACCUUUUACCGAAGCGGCGGUGGAGGCCCUGAGAGGACACGUCGAUGAGGCAUUGGCCCUGGAAGCUUUCAAUUGGUCCCUGUCUAUCAUCUCACAGAUGCUCGUGCAUACUGUAACAGAAGGCUCCACCAUUGUCAUGAAGGCGAUCAACAACAACUCGGUGUCCCAAUUGGUCAAAGCUGUGAGUUGCGCCCCUCGUGGCGAGCGCUCCAACUGGGUCUUGAUUGUUAAGGUCGGAACGCAAGACAUCUCACCCUUCAGAUGGGCCAUCGAAAGUGGCAGCUUGAGCGCAGCAAAGGCCAUCAUUGAAGACUUGCUAGCAAUCAGAGCAGAUCGGCAAAGAUACUAUUAUGGUGUCGAUGACCUGUUUCAGCGCCAUCCGGACAUCAUCAAGAUCCUCUGCUCCGAAGCGCCCAUGCUGCUGCCGACCCUGCUGGAAGGCUUAAUUUGGCGGUCGAGAAUAGUCACCCAGGGAGCGCGACGAGUGAAUUACUACGUCAAGAACCUUGUGGUGGCUGGCUCUGACGGAGCGUUUGCGGGCGCUUUGCCUGCCCUGGUUGCAUUGGGCGAUCCCAAGAUAAUUUCUCAUGUUGCAGUUGACCUUGUGGCGAAUCUGCUGUGGUCCGGCAUUGUUAUGCAUGAGUUUAUUACUUCAAAGCUGUGGUUCAUUGCCAGCCUUGUCAUUCUCAUGGUUAGCCAGACACUUCUGCCAGAGUACCGUGAGUCUUUGGAAGUUCGGGUGGCGACUUUCGUAUUGCGGGUCCUGACAUAUGUGCUGACGUUGCUACGGCUGCUGGUGCAGCACUCGCGGGACAUCUUCCUGGCGUACUACCGAAAACAGACGGUCCGGAAAUUCAAAGUGCCGUUUCCAAAGUAUCUCACAAAAACAUACGACCUGGCCAGCUUCCUGCUGCUGAUCUGUUUGAUUCUGAUGUGGGCCAACGAGCCGUUCAUUUGGUGCUACGACGCACACGAUUGGCCGACGGAGUACUGCUUGACCUUCGAGGAGGGCGGUUUCAUAUACUCCGUGUUUGCCAUGUGUGCUGUGGGACUGCACUGGGGUUUGAUGGCGGAUCUUGCCGUGUUCUCAACAGGUCUCAGCGCCUUUGUCCUGGUAUGCGUGCAUGUCGGCUCCGAAAUCGGAAGGUUCAUGUUUGCCUUAAUGUUUCUACUCACAGCAUUUGCAUCAUCAAUCACGGUGCUUGAACAUCACUAUGAGGACAUGAAGACGGUGGGCGACAGCUUGAUAGCUCUGACAGGAAUCACGCUUCGAUUGUACGAGGAUGAUUACCGGGACUUACAGAACGAUGCAUUGCUGCUAACCGCAGUUUUUUGCUUUGUCACAGCUUCUGCCAUUCUUUUGCUGAACCUCCUUAUUGCUCAAUUGAAUUGCUCGUAUGUCUACAUUUAUCAGAAUAUGCUUGGCUAUGCGAAGCUCAAGCGGUCUUCGGUAACCGUUCAGACAUUGGCAUUUCUCAAGAUGGAGCGCUGGAGUCGAUUCGUUGCUACUUUGGGCUUGGACGUCCCACUCGAGUUCAACGAGGGAGAUGUCGGCAUGGCUGGAGGGAUUUGUGUCUUUGAGCCGCCGAGUCAAAGCAUUGUUGCAACGGACCGAAUCCUUCGCUUUGGCGGCUCUUGCUCGCCGGAUUUAGAGUGGCCAGCAGACACGACCAAAACCGGCAUGGAUGCCGACGAGGUGAUUCUCAUUGCUCUGGGCAUCGUCGAGCACUACGUUUUGGAGUUGCUUCAGCCUACAAUAGGCAGAAAGCAACACACUCAUGCCGCGAAUGCCUUUCGUUUGUCAGCUGGUCUCAAUGGCAAAACUGCUGCAAGCAACGCAUCUGACGAGGCUGUUGAGCAGAAGCAGCCGUCGGCUCCCACUUGCUCCGGAAUGGUGAUCGAAGGUCCCUUGAAAGACAAACUGGAAGCGUUGAAGUUCAAGCCGACUUCGCGACGGACGGGGAAGCCCUUGGUUGGCACGGCCGCUCCAGUUGCCGGCGGGGUUCCGGCCGCAGCCCCUGCCUCGCCGACACGGCCAGGUGGAGGCGGUCUUGCAGUUCAUGUCAGUGUGAGGUGCCGCCCGACCGUAUCCGCCAAGCAGGCCGUUGACAUUAGCUCCGAGUCCCUUGGAGGUGACAAGGUUGCCUUGAAGCUGACGUUGCCCAAGCCAGGCAAUGAAGGAGAAGAUGACAAGACACGGGCUGAUGCGCGGACAUACCGCUGCAACACCUACUACGGGCAGACGGCGUCCCACGAAGAAGUCGCUUCCACAACGGCAUCCCUUGUACAGCAUGCAAUGGAAGGUGGCAACGGAAGUAUUGUUUGCCAUGGUAUCACCGGAAGUGGCAAAACGCACACCAUGUGUGGAAGUUCAAGCUCUCCUGGUAUCGUACAAAGCGUGGGCAGGCGCAUGUUUGAACAUAUCCGAGAUCAGGUUGCCUCUGGUCGAGUCUACAUGGUAGAGGCUUCUUAUGUACAGAUAUUCUCACAGGAUGGCUCCUCAGAGCAGCUGAUAGACCUGCUCGCCGACGUUGAGAAGGAUCUCGAGGUGAAGCAGGAUCCACGUAAUCCACUUUCAUACGUUUGCGCAGGCCUUCAACGUAUUCCCAUCAGGUCUCCCGAUGACCUGCAGCAGGUGAUCAGCAAAGGCAGGGCGCGAAGCCAAUCAAAAGAGGAUGCAGGCAUCGCAGCUGCCAGGUCGCAUUGCAUGUUCAUCUUGACAGUGGAAAGUAUGUCAGAGCAGUCUGCAAACGGCGACUCGGGAGUAAGCAAGGGCAAGCUGGUCUUAGUUGACCUAGCCGGCUCUGAAAGUCUCCUGAAAACGAGCAGCUCAGAUAUUGCCAGACGUCAAGCCUUGGGCAUCAAUCGAACGCUGGCAUCUUUGAGCAUGGCUGUAAACAGCACCAGCGGAACCUCGGCUGUGAAGGGCUCCUUUUUGACCCAGCUGCUUCGAGACUGCAUGGGUGGCAGUGCACGAACCCUGGUGAUUGCAACGAUCGGACUGGAGCUGGAGGAUAUCGAGGAGACAGUCAAGACACUGACAUAUGCGCAGCAGAUGAUGACCAGCCUGACUGUUCGCACUUCCAACGCAGGUCUGAAUCGCAUAGAUCAAGACCAGAGCUCGCUGAUGCAGAUGCGGGACAGACACAACGAGUGCAUCCGGAUGCUCAAGGAGAAAGUGAGCGAUUCCAGGGAGGAAGAGCAGGAGGAACGUCGCAGGCUGCAGCAUGAGAUGAAUGAGAUCAAUCAGCGCCUUCUGACCAAAGACUCAGCAGAGCAGACGCUGGAGGAGAUGCGGCAGCAACAGUUCAGCAAGAUGGACGCCAUGCGAACAGAAAUCUCGGAGGCCAUGAACAACCAGAUGGAGCUGCUGAGAAAGCAGUCUCAAGUGGAGCUGGAAAGCUUGCGAGCAAGCGUGGAGAAGUCGCAGCAAGAAUCAGAACGUGUUCUUGACUUGAGUGAGGCACACGAGGCUGCAGUCGUCAAGCUGCAGGCCACCCUACAAGAUGCGCAACAAGCGCGGAAAGCAGCUGAAGACGAGGCCUCAUCUUUGAAGGUGAAAUUGGCGACGGCGGAAGAGCGAGCCAGCAUGCUGUCGACGAGACAAGAGGAGUUGCGCAAAGAGCGUGCGGAGUUCGAUGAGGAGAGGAAGCAGCUCAGGCAGCAAGGAGAGCAGCAAUGGCAACGGCUAGCUGCAGUCGAAGCCGAGCUCUCGAAGUUCAAGUCCGAAGCAGAGGUCCAGAAGAAAGAGAUCGAACGGCUAAAUGCAGCAAGAUCAGAGGAGAACGAAGGCAUCCGAAGCGAGCGGGAGUCUUGGAGAUGCAGGGAGCGAGACUUGCAGGCGGAGGUUGCGUCUUUCAAGAGCAAGCUCGAAGAGACCAAAAGAGAAGCAGAAGUACAGGAGCUCAAGGUCUCUAGAGACCAUGGGGACGCGCUGUCCAAGUCGUGCUCUCAGGGUAUUUUGCAG